AUGGAGCUGGAAGCAUUGAAACGUGGGCUGAAAGUCUUCAAUGUUGCGGUAGACACCCUAACAACAGAUAGGCAUGCCAGUGUGAGAAAAUACAUGCGCACAUCAUAUCCAACGGUGAAGCAUCAGUUUGAUGUUUGGCAUGUCUCCAAAGGCCACCGCAAGAAGCUCCUGAGUGCGAGCAAGACAAAGGGGUGUGAAGCACUUGAGCUGUGGACAAAGCCUGUUGUCAACCACCUUUACUUCUGUGUCACCCACUGUGAAGGGGACACAGAGCAAGCUCUCUCAAUGUGUAAGAGCCUCAACAACCAUGUUUGCAAUGUUCAUGAGGGUCACGAGAGUUCUUAUAUGCGCUGUUUGCACCCUCUCCUCGACGACACAAAGCGACCAUGGCUCAUUCCUGGACCGCAGCCGCAGAAAAAGCUAACCAGUAUAACAUUGUCAAAGUACCUCCUGGACGACAUCCCGAGCCUUUCUCCUGAUGUGCAGACUUCAAGCUUGGAAGCAUUCCACAGCCUCCUCAUCAGGUUUGCUCCAAAGUCUGAUGGGAAUGGCCCCAAAACCAUGAAGUGCAUGACAUAUCUCGCAAUCCUGCAUUUCAAUGAGAACUCUGCCAGGGCGCAUGCUUUCACGGAGGACAUGCACUACGCUAUCUUCUGA